CGUCCCGCCUCCCCUCCCCGGCGCGCCGCAAGGAAGGAGGGAGGGAAGAGAGGGGGGCCACUGGAAGUUAAGAUGGCGGCGCGUGUGAGAGUGGGGUGCUGACCGAACCCUUCCCCGUUGUCGCGAGCUGCCCCCCCCCCCUUGCCGGCUCUGCGCUGUCCCGCCUGAGCUCCUCCCCCGCACGGAGCGGAGGCGCCUGAAGUGUGAUCGAGACUCUGUGAAGGAGACACCCAAGUUCCCCCUUGUCCGUCCGUCCUUCCUCCCCCCCAUCCAUUUCCUCCUUGCGCGCCCGGCCUCAGCCCGCCUCCCUCUGGGGAGGGGGAGCCGCGGAACAUGACAUCGAUCCACUUCGUGGUGCACCCGCUGCCGGGCACCGAGGACCAGCUCAAUGACCGGUUGAGGGAAGUUUCAGAGAAGCUCAACAAAUACAACCUAAACAGCCACCCCCCUUUGAAUGUAUUGGAACAGGCUACUAUUAAACAGUGUGUGGUGGGACCAAAUCAUGCUGCAUUUCUUCUUGAGGAUGGUAGAGUCUGCAGAAUUGGCUUUUUAGUUCAGCCUGACAGAUUGGAAUUGGGUAAACCAGAAAAUAAUGAUGGUUCAAAGUUGAGCAGUGGCUCAGGGGCAGGAAGGACAUCCAGGCCAGGCAGGACUAGUGAUUCCCCAUGGUUUCUGUCUGGUUCUGAAACUCUGGGCAGACUGGCAGGCAACACCCUUGGGAGUCGCUGGAGCUCAGGUGUUGGAGGGAGUGGAGGAGGAUCUUCGGGCAGAUCCUCUGCGGGUGCUAGAGAUUCUCGAAGGCAAACACGAGUGAUUCGAACAGGGCGUGAUAGAGGAUCUGGUUUGCUGGGUAGUCAGCCACAACCAGUGAUUCCAGCCUCAGUUAUUCCAGAAGAACUCAUUUCACAGGCACAGGUUGUUCUACAAGGAAAAUCUAGAAGUGUUAUUAUAAGAGAACUUCAGCGGACAAAUCUUGAUGUAAAUCUUGCAGUGAACAACUUGCUGAGCCGUGAUGAUGAAGAUGGAGAUGAUGGUGAUGAUACAGCUAGUGAAUCGUAUCUUCCAGGAGAGGAUCUUAUGUCUCUUCUGGAUGCUGACAUACAUUCUGCUCACCCAAGUGUCAUUAUUGAUGCUGAUGCUAUGUUUUCAGAAGAUAUUAGUUACUUUGGUUAUCCAUCCUUUCGGCGCUCAUCACUUUCCAGGCUAAGCUCGUCCCGAGUUCUCCUUCUUCCCUUAGAGAGAGACUCUGAGCUGUUGCGUGAACGUGAAUCCGUUUUACGUUUGCGUGAACGAAGGUGGCUUGAUGGAGCCUCAUUUGACAAUGAAAGGGGCUCUACAAGCAAGGAAGGAGAGCCCAACCUAGACAAGAAGAACACACCUGUCCAAAGCCCAGUCUCCUUAGGAGAAGACUUGCAGUGGUGGCCAGAUAAGGAUGGACUGAAAUUCAGUAGUAUUGGUGCUCUGUAUUCUGAGCUUGUGGCAGUGAGCAAUAAAGGGGAGCUUUAUCAGUGGAAAUGGAAUGAAUCUGAGCCUUACAGAAACACACAGAAUUCUUCAAUCCAUCAUCCACGUGCAAUAUCUUUGGGAUUAACCAAUGAGAAGAUUGUCCUCCUCUCUGCGAACAGUAUCAGAGCAACUGUUGCAACGGAGAAUAAUAAGGUAGCUACCUGGGUAGAUGAAACUUUGAGUUCUGUAGCUUCUAAGCUAGAACAUACUGCGCAGACUUACUCGGAACUGCAGGGAGAAAGGAUAGUGUCACUACACUGUUGCGCUCUUUAUACUUGUGCUCAGCUGGAGAAUAACUUGUAUUGGUGGGGCGUAGUUCCUUUCAGCCAAAGGAAGAAGAUGCUAGAAAAGGCCAGAGCCAAAAACAAAAAGCCUAAGUCUAGCGCUGGCAUCUCCUCAAUGCCAAAUAUUACUGUUGGUACUCAGGUGUGUUUGAGAAAUAACCCUCUUUAUCAUGCUGGAGCAGUUGCUUUUUCAAUCAGUGCUGGAAUUCCUAAAGUUGGAGUCUUAAUGGAAUCUGUGUGGAACAUGAAUGAUAGCUGCAGGUUUCAGCUCCGGUCACCGGAGAGCUUAAAAAACAUGGAAAAAGCUAGUAAAACUACCGAGGCAAAACCUGAAAGCAAGCAGGAACCAGUGAAAACUGAAAUGGGCCCACCACCUUCUCCAGCUUCUACCUGUAGUGAUGCCUCUUCAAUUGCGAGCAGUGCAUCUAUGCCAUAUAAACGACGACGGUCUACACCUGCUCCAAAAGAGGAGGAGAAAGUGAAUGAAGAACAGUGGUCUCUUAGGGAAGUAGUGUUUGUAGAAGAUGUUAAGAAUGUUCCUGUGGGCAAGGUACUGAAAGUAGAUGGUGCUUAUGUUGCUGUAAAAUUUCCAGGGGCAUCCACUAAUGCCAACUGUACAAGCAGCUCUGGUUCAGACCCUGAUCCUUCUUCUCUUCUUCAAGAUUGCCGAUUGCUCAGAAUAGAUGAACUUCAGGUGGUAAAAACUGGUGGGACUCCAAAAGUUCCAGAUUGUUUCCAAAGAACUCCUAAAAAACUGUGUAUUCCUGAGAAAACAGAAAUUCUAGCAGUGAAUGUAGAUUCAAAAGGAGUACAUGCUGUCCUGAAGACUGGGAACUGGGUUAGGUAUUGCAUCUUUGAUCUUGCAACUGGAAAAGCAGAACAAGAAAACAAUUUCCCCACUAGUAGUAUUGCUUUCCUUGGGCAGAAUGAGAAGAAUGUUGCCAUUUUCACUGCUGGGCAGGAGUCUCCAAGUAUUCUUCGAGAUGGAAAUGGCACUAUAUAUCCAAUGGCGAAAGAUUGCAUGGGCGGAAUAAGGGAUCCUGAUUGGUUAGAUCUUCCUCCUAUUAGCAGUCUGGGAAUGGGAGUUCAUUCCUUAACAAAUCUUCCUGCUAAUUCAACCAUUAAAAAGAAGGCUGCUAUCAUCAUAAUGGCUGUUGAGAAGCAAACUUUAAUGCAGCACAUUCUCCGAUGUGACUAUGAGGCCUGCAGACAGUACCUGGUGAACUUUGAGCAAGCUGUUGUCAUGGAUCAGAAUCCCCAAGCUCUGCAGACAUUUCUUGGCCACAGAUGUGAUGGAAACCGCAAUAUUCUGCAUGCGUGUGUAUCUGUCUGCUUUCCGACCAGUAAUAAAGAAACAAAAGAGGAAGAGGAAGCAGAGCGCUCAGAAAGGAAUACAUUUGCUGAAAGAUUAUCUGCGGUUGAAGCUAUUGCAAAUGCUAUUUCUGUGGUGUCGAGUAAUGGACCUGGAAACCGUGCAGGAUCCUCAAGCAGCAGAAGUUUGAGGCUGAGGGAAAUGAUGAGAAGAUCCUUGCGAGCAGCAGGUUUGGGCCGUCACGAAGCUGGAGCUUCGUCUAGUGAUCAUCAAGAUCCAGUUUCUCCUCCAAUAGCUCCUCCCAGCUGGGUUCCAGAUCCUCCUGCAAUGGACCCAGAUGGGGACAUUGAUUUUAUCCUGGCUCCUGCUGUGGGAUCUCUAACCACAGCAACAACUGGCACUGGUCAAGGUCCAAGCACCUCCACCAUACCAGGUCCUUCUACUGAACCCUCUGUGGUGGAAUCAAAGGAUCGCAAGGCAAAUGCACACUUCAUACUGAAAUUGCUGUGUGACAGUACUGUUUUGCAGCCUUACCUUCGGGAACUGCUGUCAGCCAAGGAUGCAAGAGGCAUGACUCCAUUUAUGUCCGCUGUUAGUGGCAGAGCAUAUCCUGCUGCAAUUACCAUCUUAGAAACUGCACAAAAAGUUGCUAAAGCGGAGGCAACUUCAAGUGAAAAAGAGGAGGAUGUGUUUAUGGGAAUGGUUUGUCCCAAUGGCACUAACCCAGAUGACUCUCCUUUAUAUGUUCUGUGUUGCAAUGAUACCUGUAGCUUCACGUGGACUGGUGCAGAACACAUAAAUCAGGACAUAUUUGAAUGCCGAACAUGUGGCUUACUGGAAUCUCUGUGCUGUUGCACUGAGUGUGCCAGGGUGUGCCAUAAAGGCCACGAUUGCAAGCUUAAACGCACAUCCCCAACAGCCUACUGCGACUGCUGGGAAAAAUGCAAAUGCAAAACAUUAAUCGCAGGACAAAAAUCUGCUCGUCUUGAUCUGCUCUUCCGACUGCUCACCACCACGAACCUUGUCACUAUGCCAAAUAGCAGGGGAGAGCAUCUUCUGUUGUUCUUAGUGCAGACAGUUGCACGGCAGACGGUAGAACACUGCCAGUAUCGGCCACCAAGAAUUAGGGAAGAUCGUAAUCGUAAAACUGCAAAUCCUGAAGAUUCAGAUAUGCCUGAUCAUGAUUUGGAACCUCCACGGUUUGCACAGCUUGCCUUGGAACGAGUGUUACAAGACUGGAAUGCACUGAAAUCUAUGAUCAUGUUUGGCUCGCAGGAGAAUAAAGACCCUCUUAGUGCAAGCAGUAGGAUUGGACAUCUUUUGCCUGAAGAACAAGUCUAUCUCAAUCAGCAAAGCGGUACUAUUCGGCUGGACUGUUUUACACACUGCCUUAUUGUGAAAUGUACAGCAGACAUUUUGCUUUUGGAUACUUUGCUGGGGACUCUUGUAAAAGAAUUGCAGAACAAAUACACUCCAGGUCGUAGAGAAGAGGCUAUUUCUGUCACAAUGAGGUUUCUGCGGUCUGUGGCAAGAGUUUUUGUCAUCCUUAGUGUGGAAAUGGCUUCCUCAAAGAAGAAAAACAACUUCAUUCCACAGCCAAUUGGAAAAUGUAAACGUGUGUUCCAGGCUUUGCUACCUUACGCUGUGGAGGAAUUGUGUAAUGUAGCAGAGUCCCUCAUAAUUCCAGUCAGAAUGGGCAUUGCACGUCCUACAGCACCUUUUACAUUGGCAAGCACUAGCAUAGAUGCCAUGCAAGGCAGUGAAGAACUGUUCUCGGUGGAACCGUUGCCUCCACGGCCAUCAUCUGACCAGUCCAGCAAUUCCAGUCAGUCUCAGUCUUCCUAUAUUAUUAGAAAUCCUCAGCAAAGACGGAUCAGUCAGUCUCAGCCAGUUCGUGGGAGAGAUGAAGAACAAGACGACAUUGUGUCAGCCGAUGUGGAAGAGGUUGAGGUGGUUGAGGGGGUGGCUGGGGAAGAGGACCACCAUGAUGAGCAAGAAGAACAUGGAGAAGAAAACGCUGAAGCAGAAGGGCAGCAUGAUGAGCAUGACGAAGAUGGAAGUGACAUGGAAUUGGACCUGCUGGCAGCAGCAGAAACUGAGAGCGACAGUGAGAGCAACCACAGCAACCAAGACAAUGCCAGCGGGCGCAGAAGUGUGGUCACGGCAGCUACAGCAGGCUCAGAAGCAGGUGCCAGCAGCGUUCCAGCCUUUUUUUCUGAAGAUGACUCUCAAUCCAAUGACACCAGCGAUUCAGACAGCAGCAGCAGCCAGAGUGAUGACAUAGAGCAAGAGACCUUUAUGCUAGAUGAGCCUCUGGAGAGAACAACCAACAGCUCCCAUGCCAGUGGGGCCACCCAAGCGCCCCGUUCAAUGCAGUGGGCUGUGCGUAACACCCAGAACCAGAGGACGACCAGUACUGCACCAUCCAGUACCUCAGCUCCAGCAGCAAGUUCAGCAGGCUUAAUCUACAUUGAUCCAUCAAACCUGCGUCGGAGUGGUACCAUCAGCACAAGUGCCGCCGCAGCUGCAGCAGCUCUUGAAGCCAGCAAUGCUAGCAGUUAUCUGACUUCGGCCAGCAGUUUAGCAAGGGCUUACAGCAUUGUAAUCCGACAGAUAUCUGAUCUGAUGGGCCUGAUUCCCAAGUACAAUCACUUGGUCUACUCCCAGAUUCCAGCCGCAGUGAAGCUGACAUAUCAAGAUGCAGUAAAUUUGCAGAAUUAUGUGGAGGAGAAGCUUAUCCCCACGUGGAACUGGAUGGUGAGCAUUAUGGACUCGACUGAAGCUCAGUUGCGUUAUGGAUCUGCUCUUGCCUCUGCUGGAGACCCAGGGCACCCGAACCACCCACUGCACGCGUCCCAGAACUCAACCAGGAGGGAGAGGAUGACAGCACGCGAGGAAGCCAGUCUAAGAACCCUGGAGGGCAGAAGGCGCGCCACGCUGCUCAGUGCUCGUCAGGGAAUGAUGUCAGCAAGGGGCGAUUUCUUAAACUAUGCUCUCUCUUUGAUGCGUUCCCACAACGAUGAACAUUCUGAUGUUCUACCAGUGUUGGAUGUUUGCUCACUGAAACAUGUAGCAUAUGUUUUUCAAGCUCUCAUUUAUUGGAUUAAAGCUAUGAACCAACAAACAACAUUAGAUACUCCUCAGCUCGAACGGAAAAGGACUCGGGAGCUCUUGGAACUUGGUCUUGACAAUGAAGAUUCAGAACAUGAAAAUGAUGAUGACACAAAUCAAAGUGCUACGCUUAACGACAAAGAUGAUGACUCUCUCCCAGCUGAAGCAGGCCAGAAUCAUCCGUUCUUCCGACGGUCAGAUUCCAUGACAUUUCUCGGCUGUAUUCCACCCAAUCCUUUUGAAGUUCCUCUUGCAGAAGCCAUUCCCCUCGCAGAUCAGCCACAUCUCUUACAGCCAAAUGCUAGGAAAGAAGAUCUGUUUGGUCGGCCAAGUCAAGGUCUGUAUUCAUCUUCUGCCAACAGUGGAAAAUGUUUAAUGGAAGUAACCGUAGACAGAAACUGUCUUGAGGUUCUUCCAACAAAAAUGUCUUACGCAGCCAAUUUAAAAAAUGUAAUGAGCAUGCAGAAUCGACAGAAGAAGGAAGAACAACCAAAUGUGCCAUCAGAAGAAUCUGAAGGUUCAAAGCCCGGUCCUUCAGCUCAUGAUCUUGCAGCACAGCUUAAAAGCAGUUUACUGGCAGAGAUUGGGCUGACUGAAAGUGAAGGUCCUCCUCUGACAUCAUUCAGGCCACAGUGUAGUUUUAUGGGCAUGGUCAUUUCCCAUGAUAUGCUGCUUGGACGUUGGCGCCUUUCUCUAGAAUUAUUUGGCAGAGUGUUCAUGGAAGACGUAGGAGCAGAGCCUGGAUCGAUCUUGACUGAAUUAGGUGGCUUUGAAGUAAAAGAAUCAAAAUUCCGCAGAGAAAUGGAAAAACUUCGAAACCAACAAUCAAGAGACUUAACACUAGAGGUUGAUCGAGAUAGAGAUCUUCUCAUUCAGCAAACAAUGAGACAGCUCAACAAUCAUUUUGGUCGCAGAUGUGCUACUACUCCAAUGGCAGUCCACAGGGUGAAGGUUACAUUUAAGGAUGAACCAGGGGAAGGCAGUGGUGUAGCACGAAGCUUUUAUACUGCUAUUGCACAAGCUUUUUUGUCAAAUGAGAAGCUGCCAAAUCUAGAUUGUAUCCAAAAUGCCAACAAGGGAACACAUACAAGUCUCAUGCAGAGGUUACGGAAUAGAGGGGAAAGAGAUCGGGAAAGGGAGCGUGAAAGAGAAAUGAGGAGAAAUAGUAGUGGCUUGCGAACUGGCUCUCGGCGAGACAGGGAUAGGGACUUUAGAAGACAACUCUCCAUUGACACCAGACCGUUCCGACCUGCAUCAGAAGGGAAUCCUAGUGAUGACCCCGAUCCUCUUCCAGCACAUCGACAGGCCCUGGGUGAAAGACUUUAUCCUCGUGUACAAGCAAUGCAACCUGCAUUUGCAAGCAAGAUCACAGGUAUGCUGUUAGAAUUGUCUCCUGCUCAGCUGCUUCUCUUGCUAGCCAGUGAAGAUUCCCUUCGAGCAAGAGUGGAUGAGGCCAUGGAACUUAUUAUUGCACAUGGAAGGGAAAAUGGAGCAGACAGCAUCCUAGACCUUGGAUUGUUGGAUUCUUCAGAUAAAGUACAAGAAAAUAGAAAACGGCAUGGUUCCAGUCGCAGUGUUGUGGAUAUGGAAUUAGAUGAUACAGAUGAUGGUGAUGAUAAUGCGCCACUAUUCUAUCAACCUGGAAAGCGUGGUUUCUAUACUCCAAGGCCUGGCAAAAACACAGAAGCCAGAUUAAAUUGUUUCAGAAAUAUUGGCAGAAUUCUAGGGCUGUGCUUGCUACAGAAUGAACUUUGUCCAAUCACAUUAAAUCGGCAUGUAAUCAAAGUACUUCUUGGCAGAAAGGUUAACUGGCAUGAUUUUGCUUUUUUUGACCCCGUGAUGUAUGAGAGCUUGCGGCAGCUUAUCCUUGCUUCCCAAAGUACAGAUGCGGAUGCUGUUUUUGCAGCAAUGGACUUGGCAUUCGCAAUAGAUCUGUGUAAAGAGGAAGGUGGAGGACAGGUUGAACUUAUCUCUAAUGGCGUAAAUAUACCAGUCACUCCACAAAAUGUUUAUGAAUAUGUCCGAAAAUAUGCAGAACACAGAAUGUUAGUAGUUGCAGAACAGCCUCUACAUGCAAUGAGGAAAGGCUUGCUGGAUGUUCUUCCAAAGAAUUCAUUAGAAGACUUGACAGCGGAAGAUUUUAGGCUUCUAGUAAAUGGCUGUGGUGAAGUUAAUGUGCAGAUGCUAAUCAGUUUCACUUCUUUCAACGAUGAGUCAGGAGAAAAUGCCGAGAAGCUUUUGCAGUUCAAGCGUUGGUUUUGGUCCAUAGUUGAGAAGAUGAGUAUGACAGAGAGGCAAGAUCUUGUUUAUUUCUGGACAUCAAGCCCAUCCUUGCCUGCUAGUGAGGAAGGAUUUCAGCCCAUGCCUUCCAUCACAAUAAGGCCGCCAGAUGACCAACACCUCCCUACAGCAAACACUUGUAUUUCUCGCCUUUAUGUCCCGCUCUAUUCUUCUAAACAGAUUCUCAAACAGAAGUUGCUACUCGCCAUUAAGACCAAAAAUUUUGGUUUUGUGUAGAGUAUUUAAAAAGUGUGUAUUGCUGUGUAAUAUUAACUAGCUAGUUUUUUUGUAGAUUUUUCCAUUUGUCUAUAAAAGUUUAUGAAAGUUAAUGCUGUCAUGCUCCCCCUGCUGGUACUUCAGUGGUUAAAUGCAACAUUCCUGUACUAAGUUUGUAACCUACGGGCCGAAGGAGCUCUAGCGAUGUUCAACUCUACCCAUUUGCUAGUUGGCAACUUCUUGGCCAGACUCCAGCCAAAGAUGACAGCAGAACAAUAUAAAUUACACUGUGAUUAGCUUUUUUUUUUUUUUUGCUGAGGGGGAGAAAUAUGUAAAAUGUUCUAAAAAAUUCACUGCUUGCCUUUGUGGAAGGUGUUUCAACAAAGGCUCUUGUAUAGAGGGAGUAGGGAAUUUCAAAAUAAAAGAUGAAGUAUGUUCUGUGUUUUAUUUUAACUUUUUUAAGAAAAAAAAGGUGUUUAAUUUUGUGGUUGGCUGCAGUUGUGCAUCAUGUAUAUUGAACUUGUAAAAAGUUCUUGCCAGUUCAGAGCUGAGUUGAAAAUCAUUCAUGUUUGCUUACAAAAACCACUGCCAUUGCAAUUUUUUGUCUGGUUGCAUUGGACUCUGGCACAUUAGAUACCACCACUAAUGAUUUUGCAUGUAAUCUGUAUACUUUAGUGAGGGUCUUUUUUGUAUAUAACAAGGAAGCCAAUGCACAGUAUUUAAUCGUUCAUAAUCAACACUUUUGUAUCCCUCUUUCCUUGAGCAGUCAGUCAGGAAGUUGUUCCAUUUCCAACUCAAACAUGGAAACUUGUUCUGCUGUGUCUCAGGCUGUUGAAGCUCUCUCAGCCUAGGCACUACCUGGUAACUGUAAAAUGUUUAUAAGAUCAUGAUUAUUUGAAGGUACAUUUUGAAGAAAUUUAAUGUUCGUGAGCGGCUUAACUACUUUUGUAUCUAGCCUUUUUUAAGUAUCUUGUUACAGUUUUUAAUAAAUUACAGACAAAGUACAAAGUCA